AUUCAGCCACAGCAACAGCACCGCACUGCUCACUGCACCUCUCUCCUGCUGGUGCUGCCACUCCUCGCAACCGCUCACCACAUAGCCUGCCCCGUGUGUCCUGUCUCCCCUGUGUCCUGUGUCCUUAGAAUAUGAGCUGCACUGGGGCCAUACCCAAGAGGGGGCCCAAGACCACCAUACCCAAGGAAAAGGACAGCACAGAGGUGGUCGGCGAGCCACUGGACAUCAAAUACAUCACCCUCACAAGCCAGGGCCCGGAGAGGAGAGUCCCUGCUUUGCAUCAGUGUUGGACCAAGAAGGGCUCGUACCUCAAGUAUGUCCGGCCGCCCCCGCAAGUCAUGCCCGAUGGCUCCCCGCCGCCCGCAGGAGCCAGCGAGUCCUGGAUAGAACAAAUGGAGCUUCUGGAGGAGGACCUGAAGAGCCUCCUGCACCUGCCUCACCACAAAUUUUGGUCACAGAUGGUGUAUGACCCGGCUGUCCACGUGUGUCUGGAGUCCUACCUCUCGGGCUGCCCCAGGUGGUACGAGGAGCAGCGGGUGGACGACCUCUGUCAGGAGAUGUCCGCUUCGCUGCACCGCCUCGUCCUCCUCAUCUACAUCCGCAUGGCUACCCCGCGGGAGUCAUCGACCUGCCACAUCACUCCGACAGUCUUCGCACAGAUGAUCUACGAGAACUUCCUCCUGGACGUGUGCAAGCUGCUGGACCUGAGCGUGGUGUACGGCCCCUCCUGCAGCCCCAUCCUGUCCCGCCUGAUGGCCAGUGUGUUCCGCCACCAGCCAGAGUACUACAAGGACCUCACCCACACUGUCUCAUCCAUCGCCAGGGCACUAGAGGGCGUUGAGGACCGGCUUGGGGUGUCAGACUGCGGCAUUCCUGUUCCUCUCGACGCAGUGACCGAGAACCUUUCAGAGUCGGACCUGCAAACGGUGGUGCUCUUCCUCCUAGACACCUUCUCCUCCCUCCACCUCUUCCUGUCCCUGCACCCUGCGGCCUCAAAAUACUUCCUGGAGGAGGUGGACGAACUGAGGAUAUCCUCCUUCUACGAACAAGUGGUCCCGGCCAUCACCAGUCAGCUGAGCGACCUGAGCCCCGGGUCCGAGCUCAGCCCUCGCGUGGUCAAGGAGAUUAACAUGAUGAGGUCCUCCAUGCUGGCCACCUUCAGGGCUCUCCUCAACCACAAGUGCCUCGCCCCCCUCCAGGAAGACAAGUUGGGAACAGCCGUGGCGGGGGUGUGCGUCGAGAGGUUCCUGAACUCCAUGUCCACGUGUGUCGCUGAGAGAAUCUUCAUCACCGACUACUGCUCUGCCUACCCCAUCGCCGCGGACCUUCAGACCUUCACGGAGAAGGGCGGCGACGUUACCAGCCUCAACUUCAUCAGUGAGGCGAUAACCACAGUGCUGAAGGAGAUGGACAGUCUUCCAAGGGCCGGCAUGACCUUACCCCUGAUGCAGCUGUCCCUCCCUAACCCACCACAGCCAUCACAGGACUCCAUGGACUCGAGCGGCAUGAACGGGUAUGCCCAGGAGGGGUCGGGGGCCACGCCUGACCUAGACGUGGCGGCGGGCGUGUCCAGCGUCCAAGAGCUGCUGCCCGACCUUGGUGCCGGCUUCAUCAGGGAGUGUCUCAGGUACUACAACCACCAGCCCGAGGAGGUGAUCAACGCCCUGCUGGAGGACAACUUGCCCCCCUCCCUGGCCUCCCUCGACCGCACCGCCCCCCUGCGCCCUCCCACACCCCCUCCACCUUCCUCGGAGGAAACCCAACCACUGCCCUCGACUGGUAUUUUGGAGCAGCGUUCGAAUGUGUACGACAACGAUGAGUUUGACAUGUUCACGCGGCCAGACGUUGACCGCUCCAAGAUACACAAGGGGAAGAAGAAGGUGACGACAACGGGUGUGCUGUACGAGAAGGACGAGGCGGUGGUGGAGAAGCUGAAGGAGAUCGGGAGGCAAUACGAGGAGCGGGGAGGCACCAGCAUUUACGAGGACGAGAUGCGCUACGAGGCCGAGGAGGAGAACUACCGACCCUGGGACUACGAGGAUGAGUAUGACGACACCUACGACGACAACGAGACCGGAGACAUUGAUGACCUGGGCCCGGAGAAGGUGGUCAGGAAACGUCCGGGCAUCAUAGGAGCAGGCCGCCUCAACACUGGCAUCGUCUACGGCCACCAGUCGGAGGAGGAGAAGAGCGAGGAGGAGGGGGAGGAUGAGGCGGCAAAACAACAGGAGUCUGGAGCUAUCGUCAAUGGUGUACAGCAGAGAGGAGGGCGGCACAGUGGAGCCAAGCCAAACGUGCCAAAAUCCAGCACACGAGGGGUCCAGCGAGUCUUCACAAGCUCACACAACAAGCGCGGCGGCAAGUCACACACACCCACGCCAGAGAGGGAGACUGGGGUGGAGGGGAGGGAGGACCAGCCACAACAGCCUUAUCCACAACCAUACGGCACCUCACGACACCCACAGAAUCACCCACAGCACCGGCCAGCCUUCCAGCCCUUCUGUGAGAACCCGGAAAUGAUAAGGCAGCGGGCAGAGCAGAGGAGAAGGGACAGGGACUACAACAGAGGCUACAGAGGUCGAGGAGGAGGAGGAGGAGGAGGCGGAGGUGGUGGCGGAGGAGACCAGAUGUGGAGGAGGCCGAUGGUGGUGAACGGAGUAGAGGAGGGAGGCGGAGGAGGUGUAGGUGGUGGAGGCAGAGGUGAAGGUGGCCCCGGCAGACCCAAGGUGGCCAGCAACAAGCACAGCGGCAAGGGAUGGAGGCACGGCGAAGGGGACGAGGACAGGGGAGGAUACAAGGGAGGAAAAUUCAAGGAGGACACCAACCAUGGCCGGGCCCAGAGCAGCCAAUACAGGCACAAGAUGGUACACAAGAACGAACACAAGCGGCAGGGAGCACAGGCCAAGUUCAACCGCAACAACUGAGUUGGGACGGGACAGGCAUGAGGGGUAAGGAGGGCCGAGGGGGAGCUUGCUACACAGCCAGACUUUUUAACAUAGGCAGGUAUUGGCGGGUAUUCUCAGAUGCUUUUGGCUCGCAACUACUAUUUCACAAGGCCACGGAGGAGGUUAGGCGGGUUCUCAUGAGUGGUUUUGAUGUUCGUGGUGCAGGAGCCUUGUCAAAGUAUCACAUGGCAAUACCCACAACUAUUUCCAAAGGUCACAAAGGAGGUUAGCUGGGUUCUCAGGAGUGUUUUUUCACAUUCAUGGUGCAGAAGCCUUGUCAAACUAUUACUAGGCUCAUAAAACUACCCAUGGACAUACUGACACAGCCUUCAUGAAAGCCUUGUCGUACUAUCACUAGGCUUACAUGACUACCCAUGGACAUACUGACACAGCCUCUAUGAAAGCCUUGUCGAACUAUUACUAGGCUCAUAAAACUACCCAUGGACAUACUGACACAGCCUCUACGAAAGCCUUGUCGAACUAUUACUAGGCUCAUAAAACUACCCAUGGACAUACUGACACAGCCUCUACGAAAGCCUUGUCAAACUAUCACUUGGCUCAUAAACUACCAAUGGAAGUACCCUCAUAAUCUCUAUACCAAAGCCUUACCAAGUGUGGGUGUGUAAGCCCUUAAGUGUUUGAGAAUAUUGGCCAUACAUUCACACCAUAUAUGAUGAUAGAGUGCUGGUGUCUGUGAAGGAAGGCUCAGGGAAAGGCAUUGAAACCCUCCUCCUGGUUAUCCCUAUUCUGUUCCUCUCGGCUCAUUCUUGGAUGCUAGAGUUUUCGGACUUGACUCGUCUUGCUCAGAUAUGACACAGGGAACAUGGCUUUCCUCUUUUCCCGAGUGUUUUAUCAACUAAGGAUGCGGAACCCUCCAAAUUUAUCGUUCGUAUAAUCUUAUCGUGUACAGAAAUAUUUUAAGUUUGUAAAAGGAUGACUGAUGGUUGGGUGAUAUUUUUUGGUCAUGAUCUAAAUUUGGGUUUAGUGAGGGCAUGCAUACAUAGUCCUGCCAGGUUAUAUCAUAUGUAAUUGCAUUGUGCUUCAUUUUUUUCAACCUCGUAAAAGGGACGUCAGAACUUGAUAUCAUGUGAGGAUUGGGUAUUUUUUGGUCAAGGUUUAAAUUUGGUUCAGUGAGGGCACACACACAUAUAUAUAAAGUCCUGCCAGGUUAUAUCAUAUGUAUUUGCACUGUGCCGAAAUUUUCCCAAGUUCGUAAAAGGGACUUCCUCAUCUGAUAUUAUGUGACAAUUGGGUAUUUUUUGGUCAAGGUUUAAAUUUGGUUCAGUGAGGGCACACACACAUAUAUAUAUAUAAAGUCCUGCCAGGUUAUAUCAUAUUUAUUUGCACUGUGCUGAAAUUUUCUUGAGUUCAUACAAAAGCUUCUUCAAAUUUAUGACGAUUGCGUGGUUUUUGGUCGUGGUCUAAAGUGGGUACGGUGAGGGCACGUGAGGAUUGGGUUUUUUGGUCAUGGUCUAAAUUUGGUUCAGUGAGGGUACACGUAUAUAUAUAAAGUCCUGCCAGGUUAUCAUAUGUAAUUGCAGUGUGCCUAAGUUUUUUUAAAGUUCAUGAAAGUGACGUCCUCAACUUUAUUCCCCGAGGACAAGGAGUGAUUGCUUGGGUUUGGCCGGGCACGGAGGCAAGGGUCGAGGGCACAGGUGUGAGGUCCCGCCAGUUUCCUGUUCAUGUCUGUGAUCAGUCAUGUGAUAAAGGCUCGUCUAUACAUCAUACUAUAAUGCAUCUCACCAACACACUCAUAUACAUACCUAUAGCUAGCCAUGGAGUAAUUUAUAUAGCAUGAAAGCUGUACUCAACAACAGGAAGCAAAGUUAUUUUUGUUAAAGCCAUUAGUGAACUGUUAACAAACUC